CGCAGCCGGGCGGAUAGAGGCAGUGUCUGUGGAGUCGGCGAGCAGAGAGCAGCAGCAGCAGGGAGUCGCAGCCGCCUCGGGUGUUAGAGGGGGAACAUCUCUGCUACUCCGCACACCGAUAGCUCCCAGGUGCAUCAUCAUCAGCAGCAGCAGCUACGAUGAGGCCUCUCGCUUGGCUCGCUGCGCUUCUGUGCGCGCUUCUCGCAAGAAUAGUGAGUGCUGAGGGGGGCAGCGACUGCGGCGGGGUUGUGGUGGUGAGCUUGCCGGGGUAUCUGACCUCGCCCGGCUAUCCCGACGAUUACCCCCCGCACCAGACAUGCUCCUGGCAACUACGCGCCCCCAGACCCGAGCAGAAGCUGCUCAUUAACUUCAACCCACACUUCGACAUGGAGAAGAACAACUGUCGAUUCGACUACGUGCAGGUGUGGGACGAUGGCGUCGAGAAGUCCGGCGACGACUCGGGCAAGUUCUGUGGCACCGUGGCUCCAGCGCCCAUCCUGUCCAGCGGCCCGACGCUGCACGUCAAAUUCGUGUCCGACUACACCACCCAGGGGGCUGGCUUCUCGCUCCGAUACGAGCUCUACAAACCGGGCGUGGACUGCUCGAGGAACUUCACGGCACCGAGCGGCCGCAUCGCGUCCCCCGGGCACCCCCUGGGCUACCCGCCGAACGCGGCGUGCGUGUUCGUCGUCUCGCCGCCCCCGCCGCACGCUUACAUCCUCCUCACCUUCCGCACCUUCCACCUGGAGGCCGACCCGGACGACGGCUCGGCCAGCGAGGGCUCGGCCUGCAAGUACGACCACGUCGAGGUGUGGGACGGGCUGCCCACAGUGGGCCUCCUGAUCGUGCGCCUGUGCGGGAGCAAGGUCCCGGACCCCGUCGUCGCCGUCACGGGCACCAUGACGCUCGUCUUCCACUCCGACAACGCCAUCGCCAAGGACGGCUUCUCGGCCUCGUACACCGUGCUGCCGAGCCGGCCCGCCGAGUCGUUCCCGUGCUUCGCGCCGCUGGGCAUGGAGUCUGGCACGAUCCCGGACGCGCGCGUCUCGGCGUCGUCCUCGUACCACACGGGCACGUGGCUGCCCCAGCAGGGCCGGCUCCACCACCCGCUCAACGCCUGGACACCGGCGGUGGACUCCAACCGCGAGUGGAUUCAGGUCGACCUUGGCAGCCUGAAGAUCGUGACGGCUAUUGCCACGCAGGGCGCCACCUCGAUUAAUUCGCGCCGCGUGUACUACGUCACCUCCUACCGAGUCUACGUGGGAGUCACAGGCAGCGACUGGUCGCCUGUCCGCGAGGAACGCCAGCUCAAGCAGUUUGUAGGAAACACGGACGAGAGCACAGUGGUGCAGAACAAGCUUCCGGGCCGUGUGGUGACUCGCUUUGUGCGGGUCAAACCACAGACGUGGGAGAACGGCAUCGCCAUGCGCCUCGAGUUAUAUGGCUGCUCCAUCUCCGACUACCCGUGCUCCGAGAAGCUGGGCAUGAUGUCGGGGCGUCUCCGCGACGAGCAGAUCACGGCGUCGGCGUCGCGCGACGACUCGCACUGGGGGCCGGCCGCCGCACGCCUCAUGGCCCCCCUCUUCGGCUGGGCCCCCCCGGUCAAAGGCACCGGCCACUGGCUUCAGGUCGACCUGGGCCAGGUGGUCGCGCUGAGUGGGCUGGUGGUGCAGGGCGCGAAGGGCCCGCUCGCGUCUUCGGCCGACGCGCGGCUCUUCGUGCGCAAGUUCCGCCUCGAGUACAGCGGCGACGACGGCCACAGCUGGGACCCCAUCACCAGGGACGGCGCCAGCGGCAGCAGCAAGCAGUUUGACGGGAACUCCAACUGGGACAUGCCGGAGGUGCGAAGGUUCCCGGUGGUGACGGCACAAUACGUGCGCCUCUAUCCCGAGCGCUGGGGAGCCGGAGGAGGAGGCCUCCGGCUCGAGCUGCUGGGAUGCACCUUGCCCGGCUGGGUUGAGCCGCCCACGCGCCGAAACGUCUCGUCCAGUGAGGGUCCCGCGGGCCCCCCGUGCCCCCGUGGCGUGUGGCCGCACGGUUGCUCCGGGGAGGACGUCUUGUCGGAGCAUAGCUCCGGGGAGCGAGGAGCGUCACCGACGACACUCGAGCCGGGACCACAGGCGACAUCACCCCCCGGCAGCACCGCCGAUCUCGCGAGAGUGCCAGAAUUUCGAACCGGCACAGCGGACAAGUGGAGCACAUCCUCAUCGCCACGCCGGCUCCCGGCGCCAACAACGCCACCGUCGUCGUCAUCGCCGCCGCCGCCGCCCACCGCGACGCCGGACCCCAAGUCGUCGUACACCAGCCUGGACCUGGUGCUCAUCAGCAUAAUCGGCAUCAGCUCACUGGGCAUCGUGCUGGGCGCCGUGUGCGUGGGCCUGCUGGCGUUCUGCACGAGCCCGUGCCAGGCGGGGAGGUCGUCGCCGUCGCCGCCGCCGCCAAACGGCACGAUCACCAAGCCGAGGCUGCCCGCCGGCGAGGGCAUGGGAGGGUUGGAGCUGUGUGACGGUGCGGCCAACGGGGUGAGGGGCAAGGUUGGCCGUCAGAGCUCUUCCUCCGAGGCGUGACCGCUGGGGAUAAUCGACGCUCCCCCCGCGGUGUGGAGCUUACGCUGCUGCUGCUGCCGUGGACUUAAUGGAAGGUGUGUGGCAGGUGGCUCUCAUGCGAGCGCAGCGGAGGCGGCAGUGGCUGCGGCACGAUUUGACCCCGUCGAUUUGAACGGCGCUUGCUCGAGGAAUUCUUCACAAGUGACCCUAAGAACUGAACCUCGGCAUUGUCCGAAGUUGCGCAAAUCUCACAGCGAUGGGGGUGGGUUAAACCCAUCGCUUUUCCUCAAGCAUCUCCCGAACUGUUUGUGUGUCUCCAGCAUUUUUUAUGGAGGCUGAAGUGUCCUCAAUUGGUGUUCGAAGCUUUUCCUACUUUUGCAUCAAGCAGGAUUGUUUGGCCCAUUAGGUUCAAAUGGCUGAUGGAAGGAAAAGGACAUGGUGUAUAUUCAAAGCCACCUCAAUUUUAUGAAGGCAUUGCCACCUGUUGUUCGGAGCACCUUAUCGAAUUAGACGGCCAUAAUGCCUCCAAGGUUCAUAGAGCAAAACUAAAACCACGUGCCGUUUUAUCGUCUAGAACAUGUGACAAAAACGUACGCAAUUGGAUUUUACCGUGACAGGAGAUGGUCGUCGACCAUAGACCUUGGUUUGUUUGUCAGGGGAUGUGUGACAUCACGCCGCGUGUCUGAAGAAGAAAGGGGAAGACUUUGGGUGGAUUUGUGAACACUGUAGAAAAUGGAGCGCAACCGUUUGCAGAGAUAACAUCACGAGAAUCCUAAAAAUAUUUCACUCCACAAAUCCAUAUGUUGAAGCCCUUAAUUACAUUUCUAUUCCAAAAAAAUGCUGUCAAUGUGGAAAAUUACGGUUUUCCAUAAAUACAGGAAGGAAAAUUUCAAAGUCUUGCUCUACAGAAUGACAGAAUUUUUUUUUACAAAACUAGCACUGCCCGCGUAUUUACGUGGGACA